AUGGGAGAAAGAAAAGUGCUAAACAAGUAUUAUCCACCGGACUUCGAUCCGGCAAAGAUUCCACGGCGGCAGCAGCCAAAGAAUAAACAAUUCACUAUCCGCAAUAUGCUUCCCAUGAGCAUUCGUUGUACAACUUGUGGGAACUACAUGUAUAAGGGUACUAAGUUUAAUAUGCGCAAAGAAAAAGCCAUCGGGGAGACUUAUUUGGGAAUUCCAGUUUUUAGGUUCUACACCAAAUGCAACAAAUGCUCAGCGGAAAUAACAUUCAAGACUGAUCCACAGAAUUCGGAUUACGCUCUUGAAUGCG